AUGUUCGACCCCUUGACAGAGAUUCUCGGCGUCAACCGAGACUGCACUGAAGAUGACCUGAAAAAGGCAUAUCGCAAGAAUGCCCUUAAGUAUCAUCCAGACCGAAACAAAUCCCCCGACGCCAAGGAACGCUUCCAGGAGAUUUCCGAAGCCUACGAUGUCUUGUCAGACAAGCAGAAGCGCGAAAUUUAUGAUCGAUAUGGCGAGGAGGGUUUGAAGGGUGGCAUGGGCGGCGCCGGCGGUGGCGGCGGCGGCAUGGGCGGUGGAGCGCCUGGUGCCGGCUUCAACUUCCGCCGCGCGGAGGACAUCUUUUCCAUGUUCUUCGGUGGAUCUGACCCCUUUGGCGGCAUGGGCGGCAUGGGCGGCAUGGGUGGCAUGGGUGGAGGAGGAGGCAUGCCCGGUGGAUUUGGUGGCAUGGGUGGUAUGCCAGGCGGUAUGGGCGGCAUGGGUGGCGGCAUGCCCGGUGGUUUUGGUGGCAUGGGAGGAGGCAUGCCAGGCGGUCGUCGCAGUACCUCAGGAGCAUCCAAGCCUGCACCUAAACCCGAAGUCAUUGUAAAGAAGGUGCCAGUCUCCCUUGAGGACCUCUUCAAGGGCUUCACUAAGCGCCUCAAGAUUACGAAGAAGAAGGCCAACGCCCAGGGCGGCGUCUCGACCGUGUCGGAUGUUUGCGAAAUCGUGGGCAAGCCUGGUUGGAAGAGCGGUACCAAGUUGACCUUUGCGGGCAAGGGUGACGAACUACCUGGCAAGCCAGCACAAGAUAUCCAGUUUGUGAUUGAAGAGGCACCUCAUCCAGUCUUUACCCGCUUGGGCGACAACUUGAAAAUGAACUUGAAAAUCAAUGUUGUGGACGCAUGGUGUGGCUUUUCCACCAAGGUGACGGGCAUUGACAAGGCGUCGCUGCCCGUCUCGUGCACAAAGGUUCCGGACAGCAACGAGAUUGUGCUUCCCGGCCAGGGUAUGCCCAAGAAGGGAGGUGGUCGCGGUGACUUGAUUGUCAACCUGCAAAUUGCCUUCCCACCCAUUCCUUCAGCCAAGAAGGAGAAAAUUCGAGAGGAAUUUGGCCCUGGCUUGCUGUAA